UUAUUUUGUUGCAUAGAAGGAGAAAAGUAAAGGAAAGGUUCGCAGUAUUGAUGUAUGGGAUGAAGCACAUAAGAAAAAGGAUCCUCAUCUAAAGGCAGCACUGGAAAUGGCGUAUAAUGAAUUAGCCAAAAGAAAAGAUACUAAAUCUGGCAAUCUUUCAACCAAAGAUUAUGGGGAAGUUUUUGGAGGUAUAGUUGGAAAAGAGACAAAACUUCAAGGGUACUAUGAUAAUAAUAAUAAUAAUUGGAGCCAGGUAGAGGUUUAUCAGGGACUAGGUGUUCCUAGGGAAUGUGAGGAAUAUGAAAUGCUAAAGUUAUCAAUGGAGACAAUGAGAAAAUAAAUAGAGGUAUUGAGUCAUGACAUGAAUCUUAUGUGUGCCUUCAUAAAACGGAAAUUCCCUGCAGAGGAUUGGUGCACCAUGGUGGUAGCCAAAGAAAAUAAUAUUGAGAAUAUUGAUGAAGAAGUUAAUAACACAGAGUCAUGUGACAAUGUUGAACGGGUGCAGUUGCACUCUUCCAGUUAUGCUAAAGCUACAGAUGGUCAUGUGAAUCUAUCUGUACCACAAGAACACAUGAUUGCCAAACAAGUAAUUACCGCGAGCACUACCAAAAGGUUAAAGGCUAGUCACUGGUCCACGGAACCAACUAUGGUGGGUGAGAAUGAAACUGACAAGGUUCAUAGUUUUGAACAAGCUAUUGAUGGCAAUACAAAUGGAUUUGCUAAUAACCUAGCUAGUCCAGGUGCUAAUCUUCACUCUACAUCAAAUUAUGUGCAGCAAUCAUCUAAUAUUUGUUGUACUAAUGCCAAGGAUCAUCAUGAGAACCAGCCUAUACCAUAUGAACGCACAUUUGCCAAGCAAUCAAGCAUGGAAAUAAAUAUCAAAAGGUCCAAACUAGUCCAAAAGAAUUUGGAAUUAUCUCAGAAUGGAAACAAUAAGGGUCAUAUUCAACAGACUGACAAUGAUAUUAUAGAUACAUUUGUUAGUGAACUUGAAGACUUUUCUUCCGGUGCCCAUGCUAUACCAAACAACAUAUAUGUUGUACCAAGUUACGCCAGGUCAAUUCAACUAGAGCUAAACCAAGUUAUGCCACUUCUGUUUUAACAAAUCAACAGAUUGGCGCAGAGUUGCAGCAAGCAAGCCAUUGCAAGCUCUGGCAAAAGGCCAAGAUCUAGUGAAAGUUACGUGGAACCAAUUUUAUCUCAUAAGGACAAAGUCAAUCAGGUGCCUCAAAGAAAGGAAGUCUUAAAACAAAGUUCAUCUAAAUUAGACCAAAGGGUGGUUUUCAUAUUCUCAUUGAAUCCAGUAUACAAAAAUAGAGUUGUGGCAAAAGGUAAUUUAGUGACUAUGGAUAGCACACAUGUGGUUGGAGGAGAUAUGGUUGGAAGUGAAUAUUAUGGUGUGGCUAUUCAUGCUGUUUCAAAUAUUGGUAAUGAGAGGCUACCUAGACCAUUUGAAAAUUGCCAUACAGUAAGAGACGCCAUUGGUUGUUUUACUGUUAUUGCUUGGCCUCGAUCCCAUGUAAAAAACUGAAAGCAAAUACUUCAACCUGCGUGGUAGGUCAGCCUAAGACAAAUACUUCAACCCGCUCGGAGAAAGGAGUUGAUUAUAAAAAGAAUAGAAGCAAGGGUGUUCCCUUCUAAAAAUAGAUGAAAGAUGAAAGAAUGGAUGCACUUUCUAGUUGAAGAAUUCAUUCAGAUUGAUCUCCAUCAAUUUAGAAGACUUACCUUAGUUUUAUGUUUAGGAAUUUGUAUUGACCUUUAUUUUUCCAUUCAGUCGUUAUGUGGAUAUCGUAUAUUUUUCACUGU